GGAUAGAUGUGUUGACGUAUAAAAGCAUCCUCCUCUUCUCCAUCCCUUCUUUUAGCUUUUCUCCUUCCCCCUUUGAAUAUUUAUAAUCCAGGUGUUGAGUGGCCCGAUUUUGCAAGGAAAAGGCAAAACCAACACAAACCCCAGCGCUGCUGGGACUGGCAGAGAUUGAGAGAGAGAGAGAGAGAGAGAGAGAACCGGAGAGAGGGUUGAGGACUCCUGUGCUGGUGUUACUAAAGAUAACCGAAAUAUCCUCCGAUUGUUGCCUUUAUCAGGCGGUGGUUUCUUUUUUCCGUUUAAGUGGUGGUGGCGGUGGGGGGGCAUGAGCUUUUAGAGAGAUAGAAGGGAGGAGGGUUGUUUUGUUUUUGAUAUUCGAGAUGGAAGGAGAGUAUUGCUCCACAACUUCAAGCUGCUCAAGUACAGGAGGCGGAGGAACGCGAAAGGGGACACAAAAAGAUAGGCCUUUUAGGGGGAUAAGGAUGAGGAAGUGGGGGAAGUGGGUGGCCGAGAUUAGGGAACCAAACAAGCGGUCUAGGAUCUGGCUCGGUUCCUACUCCACCCCUGUUGCCGCCGCUCGCGCCUACGAUACGGCUGUCUUCUAUCUGAGGGGUCGUUCAGCUCGCCUCAACUUCCCUGACCUCUUUGUAGCAGAAGAUGAGCUUCAAGACAUGUCCGCUGCUUCGAUACGAAAGAAAGCUACCGAGGUUGGGGCCAAGGUGGAUGCCCUUGCAACCGGCAAACAGACUUCCCCUCAUCUGAUCAGCUCUUGCAGUUCCAGGCCUUCCGACAAGCCCGACUUGAAUCAGACACCCACUCCCGAGAGCUCAGAUGACGAUUGAUCCAUCUAUACCACUUUCUCUUCUUUGUAUUCAAUCAUAGAAGCAUCUCAAUCUCAACCAUCGAGGUAAUCCAAGUCGGUUACAUCAGGAUAUAUCGAGUUUCAUGGGGUUCCAGAGAGGCAGGUAUUUAGAUUACCUGCGCAAGUUCGUUAGUCCUAGAAUUUCUACCUUCGGAAUUUUCUUUAAUUUUUCCUUCUUUUUUUUUCUGUUAAAGAAAUAAGAAGUUAAUGAAAUGGAAAGAAGUGGAAGUUGAAAACUGUUUAGAGGGCGUGUUGGGAAUGUGAACAGACAGCGCCUGGGCCUAUCUCAGUUGCUAAUAUCUAGUUUCGGUGCAGGAGGAGAACAGGUCAAAGAAAGAAUUUUUUUUUUUUUAUAAAACAGAUAAUGACUGAAUUAGGUAUUUUCUGGUUAGGAAGCCGUUGUGGAUGAUGUGAUUGUGGACAUGAGAGAGAGAGAGAGAGAGAAUGACUGUAUGGAUGUGGCCCUGAUUGCUGAAUAAGAAGAGAAGAGAUCAAGUAGUUGAACAGAACAGAAUGCCGUCUCAGUCAAGGAGGGUGAGGGAGGAGGCUGGUUUUCAAAGAAAGCUAGGUGUUUGGUAUUUGCAUCUUUAAACAGGAUGGUGGGUGGUGAGUGACGAUGAUGUUUUUGUGAUUGUUGGUUCUGCCACUUCUCUCUGUUUUUUUUAACUCGUCUUUGUUUUCUAAAUUCUAACCCGUGAUAAGUCAUCAAGAAAAAAGAGAGUGAUAAAUUCUCUUUACGGCAACCGAAAGUUAGUUCUGUUCUUUCUCCUCUA